GCUGCAACUACCCAUCAAACUUGGACUUCCCCGAACUACCAUUCCUCUGUUCAGACACGCCCUUAGACUCUCUCUGGUUCUGUCUCUCACCGGCCAUUCUUCGCCGUUUCGACGAACUUUCCCCCCCUUAUUUAACGCUUCCCCUCGGUUAACCUCGCCUUUCAACUUCACCCAACGCCAACAGUUUUGACCCCUCUUUAACCCCUACUCCAAGAAAAAUACCCAACAAGAAAAUUCCUCGCGCUUCACCGGAAUUUCAAUGGCUGACUCGGGUCUCUCCUCUUCUCACGCUGCAACGACAUCAGCGGACUUUAGAGGGGAUGGUAGUCGGGACUCAAAGCUGCCGCGUUUCUCCGAAGAUGAGGAGACCCUUAUAGCCAGGAUGUACACUCUGGUUGGUCGAAGGUGGUCGCUGAUCGCCGGGCGGAUUCCGGGGAGGUCGGCGGAGGAGAUCGAGAAGUACUGGACUUCGAGAUACAUUCGAAUGGUGAAUGAACAGCGAAACUAGAAGUUGCGGGAGGAAAGAAUUUUCCCUCCCCUUCCAAGAGAAGGAAAUUUUCCGGGAAAGUUUCUGGGAUUUUCUGUUUUGUUUUUCUCUUUGUGGAGGGAAAAUUUUUCUAAUGCCUUUGCCGAGCAGGAGGGGGGGAAAACCGGCGGUUCUGGUACUCGGGUAGUAUUUUCUUUAGUUGAAAGAAAAAGGAAAUAUCUCGAAUGAGAAGGAAAUUUUAGUGUAGCGUAUUGUAACGUAGAGUCUGAAGUGCUUGUGAAUAUGAAUGUCAUUUUAGCGGUAAUGUAA